AUGAUAUUUUUUUUUAAAAAACGAUACCACGUGUUCUUGAAAGCUCCCUCAAUUCGCCUCAUGCCGUGCUCUUUUUUUUUUUUCCGCUCUUUCAUCAAAGUAAUUUUUAUAAUUCGUUGUAUUUUUUUUUCUUCUCUGUCGGGUGAUAGCUGCCCAACGCAAAGGUCGAGAAGUACCUUAGCUUGCAUGUUCACAUCGGUGCCUGUAGCUCCGACUGUAGUUCCGGGUGUGGUGUACAGCAGUGGUGUUCAUGAAGAGUGGAAGGAGGCAGAGCAGAAGUUAUUGGAUGGUUGUCUCAUACAUAGUGAGGGAGACGGCGCAACAAAACAAAUAAAAGAAAAAUUGACGAGUCGGAACUCUCAGAGUGUCCGUUGUGACCUUUGUGCAAAAAUGAUAGAAAGCCGGGAUGAGGAGCAAAUCCAAGAACACUUUCAGGUGCACCAUGCCGCGCUCUCUCUCUGGUGCAGAGAGAUUCUAGCGAGUAAAGAUAAUCUGCUCCAUUAUGGAUGCAUUCCUUCUGGACACAUUGUCUCGUGUGGCAAUUUUGUGUUGGAAAGCGCGGCAACCCUUGACAUGGGCAGGAAGACGUUCGAUGUAAUUGAGCGUGCGUUCUCUCAAAUGAGCCAAGUCAUUUCUUGUUUUGUUCGCAACUUAGUGUUAUUUCCUUUUGGAAGUUGCGUGUCGUGUGGUUGUUGGGACGGGGUGAGUGAUGCUGAUUUCACCGCAAUUGGUCUGCAGGAUAUGAAGAAGGGUAAAUGGCCACCCGAGGACGAGAAAAAAGUUAUACUUCGGCUCACCGCGGCGCUGAGGAAGGCGGGUUUCUUUUUUGGAGAGCUGGAGCCCCUUGUGCGGACCCGCGUCCCCGUUGUGCGGCGUGUUCAAAAGGUUCGGGUCCCACUGCGUUCACAUGGUGAGCACGACACGUACAGCGUUGUGUGGUCGAACAGUAAGGAGUUUUCUUCUCCGCCCCGCAUGUUAGUCGAGGCGGCCAUUAGCUCUACGGUUGAGCGAAAAGACAGUGAUACGGUAACGUUUCACUUUAAGGAUAGUUUGAAGGCAGUAAAGUUCUUCUGCAAUUCGGCCAUGUGUGGACCACGCGACAUGGAAGUUUCAUGGAAGACUGGCUCACAAUUGCCUGAAAUGUUUUCACUUGACUUCGAUUUAAGUUGUAGAGCACAAGGAGUGAGAAAUAGCUUGUUUCUUCGCAAGUAUUUUCAACAGGAUCCUUUUGUACGGACUGGUUAUUUGUUUCUGAAGAAAUGGAGCAAGUUGUAUGGUAUAAACAAUGCAAAGAAUGGGUAUCUUACUUCCUACGCUAUGUCCAUUUUGUGGGUGCACUUCUUGUUGGAGAACGGGCUCGUAAAGUUCGUUAGACCGGCUGAUGUGGAGCCUAUUCCAGACUUGUCACAACAGAAAAUGUCGUACUUACCCCUUUUGCGCGAUGAUGGGGAUGGUGGUGAACGGCCUAGUGAUGUUUUAAAGUCUCCAGAACUCACGAUGUUGCGGGGUGCGCUUGGUGGUUUGAUUCCCUUGUUUUUUUUGUACUAUACAAGGAUUCGGUGGGACAAAGUUGUGGUGACGCUACGGGUCCCUGGAGGGGGGCCGCCGGUAACACCUGAUUCCCUUGGCUGGGUGGAGGCUAAUGAAGUGAAGUGCGGCCCCCUUCGCGAUCGCGUCUGGUACCGUCUGUGCAUUGAUGAUCCGUACGAAGAUAACUUUAACCUCGGCCGUCACCUAUCCCCUGACAAAGCUUCCUUUGUGAAGGUGCAGUUUAUGCGUGCGCUGGCGUCAAUUGUAGCAGGCAGACCUCAGCAGCUGCUCGUUGACGAGCAGAAGUUUGCAGAGGAAACGAUGCCUGCCUACGUGACCCGGCUUUCUGUGCAGGGGGAGUUACGCAAUUUGCGACCGGUGACUGUUUCGGCGUUACGGCAGUUGUUGAUAGAUAGCGCAGGCGCAGACUGUGUUGCUAUCUACGAAGCAAGCCACAAUUGGGAGACCUUACUUGACAUGGCCUCCACUCUCAACAAUAAAAGCAAAGAGGGGGAUGAUGAUGCUGAAGGAGUAACAAAUAAUCAAGAAGGAGAACCCCCUGACCAUGUGGAGAGCUGUGAAGCACCGCGGCGGCACCUACUCUGCUCAAAAAUGCAUAGCAUCGAUGACGCAUUGUUGGUAGCGGGUCCGCUCGGCGUAUCCGAUGCUAAUAUUCCUGCUGGUUUACUUGGCGUGUACUUUUUGGCACGCGGGAGGGCCUUUCGAACCGCGGAGGAUCGCGACAAUUUUCUGAUGCACGCUGAAGCUGUAUCCGCCGCGCGGGCGCGGGGAUGCACGACGCGGGAGGAGAUCUUAGAGAGGGUUGCGGAUGCCAUCCCAUCAAUUGUACGGAAUGGCACUUUACUUGACGACCUUUUAGUUUCCGGUAGUGAGGAAAAUAUCACAGUGCAGUCGCCGGUUGUGGUGGAGACCCGAUGUGCUGAGACUGUGCAGCGCAAAAAGUCCAAGGGUUCAAAAAAACGGAAGAAUGCUGUACGGCGUGGGAAUCAUGCAGGUCAAGGGACGUGUAGCGAAUGCGGUGCAUCGGGCACUGAUCUGUGGGAGGCAUCCGACAAAUCUGCGGAUGAUGGUCUUUACUGCGGUGCGUGCUGGAAGGCGUACAACUGUCAGAAAAACUAG